AUGGCAGCAAUUGCCAAAGAAGCCGCCGAGGCGUUUGCUCAGCUAAAGACACUCUCUAAUGAAGAACGUUCUGGAGCCUUGCAGAAAAUACAUGAUGGACUCAAAUCUGCCAAAUCAAAAGUGCUUGAAAGCAACAAGGUAGACAUGGAAAAUGCCCGAAAGAACAACCUUUCACCAUCGUUGAUCAAAAGAUUGGACUUGUCAAACAGUGGAAAGUACGAUACCAUGUUACAGGGAAUUUUGGAUGUGGCCAAUCUUGACGAUCCAAUUGGUAAAUGUACCUUUGCCAAAAAGUUGGAUGAAGGUUUGAACUUGUACCGAGUAACGGCGCCAUUAGGAGUUCUUCUCAUUAUAUUCGAGUCACGGCCCGAAGUUAUUGCCAAUAUUACAGCCUUGGCUAUAAAAUCCGGAAACGCAGCUAUUUUGAAGGGCGGUAAAGAAUCGUACCAGACAUUCAAGGCCAUGAGUGAUAUCAUCAACCAAGUUUUGAGCACCGAAACAAAGGUUCCUGGACCAGCCAUACAGCUCAUUCAAUCCCGUGAAGAUGUUAGCAACUUGUUGCUGCAGGACAAGUACAUAGAUUUGGUUAUUCCUCGAGGGUCAAAUGAAUUGGUAAGAAACAUUAAGGAAAACACCAAGAUCCCCGUUUUGGGGCACGCAGAUGGUAUCUGCUCGAUUUACAUCGAUAAGGAUGCUGACAUUAAAAAGGCUGUCAAAAUAGUCGUUGAUUCCAAAACCAACUACCCGGCUGGCUGUAAUGCUGCUGAGCAGUUGUUAGUUCAUGAAAGUAUAAGUUUGGAAAACCUCAACGAAAUACUAACUGGGCUUGCAAAUGCCGGUGUCACCAUCCAUGCUGAUCCUCAAGUCUUAAAAGAAGUUCAAGGCUCAAUUGAUAUCGGUGAAAAGUUGCAACCUGCUGAUGAUGAUGCUUUUGAUAAAGAAUACCUUUCCCUUGAUAUCUCAGUAAAACGAGUUUUGUCGCUUGAAGAUGUCAUCACCCAUAUCAAUUCUCAUUCUUCCAAGCAUACCGAUUGCAUAGUCACUGAAACCAAGGUCAAUGCCGAAAAGUUCUUGAAGGGAGUAGAUUCGGCUGGUGUGUACUGGAAUUGUUCUACUCGUUUUGCUGACGGAUUCAGGUAUGGAUUUGGAACCGAGGUGGGUAUUAGCACGAAUAAGAUUCAUGCCAGAGGACCCGUCGGUUUGGAAGGUUUGAUGAGUUACCAAUACCAGUUGAGAGGAGAGGGUCAUAUUGUUGGGGACUACGUUGGUGGUGGUGGUAACAAGGUGUUUGUUCAUGAAGACCUUCCACUUAAUUAG